CCAAGGGUAUUAGGAAACCAAAUGCCACCAAGGCCUGGUCCAAGCUUCUCGGGCGUGGAACCCAGCGCCCUGCGACUCGGGCAGAAGGUUGUGACAAUGUCUCCAGAGCGGGCUAUCCUUUGGGCCCGGCUCCCUGGCCCCCGGCCGCGCAGUUUUCUGCCCAUUCGUCACCACGUUGAGACCGGGAACGCCGGAAGAGGCGGGGCAGGGGCUGCCGUGAGCGGAAGCGGCGCCAUUCGUCUGCCGAGCGCUACUGCUAGCUGAUGCCGGGAGCUAACUACCGCGCUGGGGCCCGACGUCCCCGCGGGGCCCGGGACCGCGAAGAGGACGGCGGGGGCCUGGAGCCCGCGGCCGUGGCCCGCGACCUAUUGACGGGCACAUCUAACAUGUCAUUUGAGGAGCUGUUGGAAUUGCAGAGCCAAGUGGGGACUAAGACCUACAAACAAUUGGUAGCUGGAAACAGCCCUAAGAAACAAGGUUCUAGACCACCUAUCCAAAAUGCAUGUGUUGCAGAUAAGCACAGGCCUCUGGAAAUGUCAGCCAAGAUCCGAGUACCAUUUUUACGUCAGGUUGUUCCCAUUAGUAAAAAGGUAGCCCGGGACCCUCGCUUUGAUGAUCUGUCAGGGGAAUAUAAUCCUGAGGUGUUUGACAAAACAUACCAAUUCUUGAAUGACAUCCGAGCGAAAGAGAAAGAGCUUGUGAAAAAACAGUUGAAGAAGCACCGUUCAGGAGAGGAGCAUGAGAAACUGCAGCAACUGCUUCAGCGAAUGGAGCAGCAAGAAAUGGCACAGCAGGAACGAAAGCAACAGCAGGAGCUGCACCUGGCCCUGAAGCACGAACGUCGGGCUCAGGCCCAGCAGGGCCAUCGGCCAUACUUCCUGAAGAAAUCUGAGCAGCGCCAGUUGGCACUAGCUGAGAAGUUCAAGGAGCUGAAACGCAGCAAGAAAUUGGAGAACUUCUUGAGUCGAAAGAGGCGACGAAAUGCAGGCAAGGACAGGAGACAUCUCCCUUUGAGCAAAGAGUAAUAAGGAACUAUCGUCUGCUCUGCCACUGCCCCAGGGAGACAUGGAUCUGUGAGGACAGAUUUGGCCACAGCUGGUUUCCAUUCAAGGGCAAGGAUCACAGCUGCCCUUGAAUCUCAUUGCCUCAGAGAAGACUAGAGGGCUCUUGGACUAUCCCUAGGGCUACACAAGAAUAGUUCAGCCUUCUGCCAUGACACACAAGCCUCAGCUUGAAUCUGGUUCAUUGUGUCCUCGUGUUCUUCUCUCAUCCUUGCCUUCAACCAGGGAUUCUGAUACCGAAGAAGAGGGGCCAAUGAAAACCAUGGAGUCUGUUCGUGACUCCCAGGACUGGGACAUUAUGUAGGAGCCACUUCAUAAACAUUCUCUUUACUCAUC